AUGAAGAGCCCGUCGCGAUCGGGCAAGCCUCGCCGCCAACCCUCCAUGCGAGACAGGGCGAGCGCGCGCGUGCAAGCGUCCGUGCGAAAAUCGCUCUUCUUGAACGACGUCAAGCGAACGACGAAGCGCGAGACGAAGAAGCUGAAGACGUUCGCGGAGAUGACCGCGACGUACUUCGCGACGCGGCACGGCGACGUCCCGGAGUCCGCGGUGCCGUACUGUUCGUACGUCGAGUACGACACGAACGGCGCGCCCGGGGCGAUGUCCAAGUCGUCGAGCGAAUCGCAGACGAGGUCGAUAAUUCGCGAGGUGGCCGCCGCGAAAGCGAGCGAAACCAAAGUCCGAUGGCUGCAUUUCGAAGGAAUAAACACCCCGACGCUCGACAUGCUGUGCGAGGAGUUCAAGCUCGCGCCGCCGAAGAUCGAGGGCAGCGAGACGACGCAGCGUUUGGUGAUGAUGCGUCACCGAGACCCGGCGUUGCGUUUUUUCGGCACGCACGCGUUUCUCACGAUGCAGCUCCUGGACCGAGAGGACUGCGAGGGCGACAUCCCGCUCGUGACGGACGACCAGGUGUCGUUCAUUUACGUGCCGGAGAUGCGCUUGAUCGUGUCCGUCACCGAGGACAGGGACAUCGAGUCCGACUUCACGAACUUGCAGUCGCUUCUCGUGAACGGCUCGAGCGUGUGCAACAAAAACGGCGCGCACCCGGCGAUGCUCCUCGCGUUGCUCGCGGACAAGUUCGUCGACGACGCGUUCCCGCUCGCGGAGGAGCUCGGGGAUUUCCUCGAAGUCCUGUCGCACGCGAUGGUGUCGAGAGAGGGGAUCGCGUACAACCAGCCGGUGGACAAGACGCGAAUGCAGCUGUGGCGGAUGCGUCGGUUCUCCAUCCGCGUGAAGCGUCUGUGCGAGACGUACGAGGAGGACGCGCUCAACUUGUUCGGGGACGACGCGUUUCAGACGUACAUCGAGGCUGUGGAGAAGCAGAGCGAGAAUCUCGAGCACGUGUGCGACAUGUACAUUACGCGGUGUCUGGCCAUCCUCGAGCGCGUGGAGGUGUACCAGAACCAAAAGACGAACGACACGCUGUUCAUCUUGACCAUCAUCACCGUGAUGAUGGUCCCGUCGCAGUUUUUGACGGGGAUGUGGGGGAUGAACUUCGUGAACAUGCCCGAGCUCGGCUUGUCGUGGGGGUACUGGCUGUUCUUAGCGCUCAUACCGACGUUCAUGAUCGGCAUCUUCGUCCUGCUGAAGAUGGGCGGGUACCUCGAAGACACGCCCAUGGACAUCGACCCGGUGCACUACGUUAAGAAACGCAUCGCGGAGUUCAAGGCUCGGGGGAAGAAGGACGCGGAGGGCGGCGCUCCGGCGUCGCCGGAGUGA